AUGGCUUCUACGGACUCGACGCCAGCUUUAAAUAAUACGGGAUCAGAGCGACCGUCUCUACUCUUCAACCCACUUGAAACUUCCAACCCGCUGAAUUUGAACUCGGCCACGUAUAUUACUCGCAAUGAUCUGCCAUAUGGCGCCCCGCAACAGCAAUGGUUUCCUCAACCAUCUCGAAUGUCCGCGUCAAGUGACGGUCGCUCGAAUACACUGACGAGAGAUGGUCAAGGUUAUAUCGCAUAUCAAACGUUGCCUUCAUAUCAAUUUGAUGGUAAAUCUUUUAACGGUAUCAAUGGCGUUGCAUCAACAGUCAUCAUUCCAAAUGGCGCAACACCCAUAACACAGCAGCAACAACUUUCCUCUCAAGCCCGCAACGAUGCCUAUAACUGGAAUGGCCUUACGAGACAAGAUUCGAGACAGGAUCUUCAAGCUGCUAAUACCAUGCCAAGACUUCCAUAUCUGAGUGAUUCACGUCAAAAGACUGGCAACCACUCCUUAGAAUCCUACAAGAUCUCUGGGAUACUACCUCCAUACCCACCAUAUCAUAUUCCAGCUGUUGCUCCCGUUACCAACUUAACAAAGAACUCGUCACCAACUGCAGAACAGUCUUCAACAUAUUUGGAAGCAUCCAAUGCCACACCACAUUCUCUAAACACCCCAACCGCUCUAGCUAGUGAGCCACCGCGUCGGCUAAGUGCAACUGCAUAUCCGACAUCUAGUUCACCUCAACAGUCAAGUGAACAGGGACAAUCGUUGCCACCAAUGGUGCGAAUGAAUACGUGGUCUUCUAUGGGGGAAUCGAGUUCAUGGAUUGCAUCUUCGUCUUCUUCAUCAAACGAUGGUUUCACAUAUGAGGUGGUCGUUAGACAGCAGCCCAUGAGAGCUAGGAUGUGUGGUUGUGGAGAUAAGGACAGGCGAGCUAUCGACCCUCCACCAAUUUUGGAGUUAACCGUCAAGGAUGAAAAUGGCACCAUCAAGAACGACAUUAUGCAAUCUCCCUUUCUAGUCAUGCACGUCACUCUACGGACACCAGAUGGCCUUACUCCCAUGAUGACGACGCCACGAUUACCAGGCAAACUGCCGAUAUUGCUGGGAACUUUGGUCUCAUCACCUAGUAUCUUGCAAGAUGGUGAUGGAAAGCGUGGGUGCUAUUUCAUAUUUCCAGAUCUGAGUGUUCGGCUAGAGGGCACAUUUACUCUGAACUUUACUUUGGUCAACUUGGAAGGUGACCCACAACAGCUAGCAGGACAACCGUCAAGAGUGGCCGCAACCACCUUAUCAGAAGUGUUCAAGGUGUAUUCACCAAAAGCGUUUCCUGGCAUGUCUGAGUCGUCAAAGCUUUCGAGAGCCUUUGCUCAGCAAGGCUAUAGGAUCCCAAUACGAAAAGAACGGCUUCGAUCAGAGAAUGGACGACGUCGCAAACUGUUGGACUUGGAUGACAUGGACGCUAUACAUUCUCAAGUAAUGUCACGGACCACUGAUAUGCCACAGGGUCGAGGAAGCAACCAUGAUCAGGAAGAACAACAGCAUCAACAGGAUUCAUAUGUGUGUGAGCAGCAGAGAGAACCAACUACUGGUGAAAAAAGAAAGGGGUCUCCAGAAUGA